AUGGAAGAGAAAGUCAUUUUUUCUCAUUUAAUCGGUCAAGUACCGUCUCCAAAUGCAACAACUAAUAAAGUAUUAGUUCUAGCGCACCGAGAAGAGCUCAUUGAUCAAGCCUAUCGCCAUUUAUGCUCUUCUCUACCUCAAAAGAGCGUAGAUAUUGAACAAGGUAAAAGACAGGCAUCGCCAGACGCUGAUGUGGUAGUGGCUAGUGUUCCUACCCUUGGACGCAAAUAUAGCUCCAGGAUCGAACGAUUUGACCCAAAUCAGUUUAAAUUAAUUGUUAUUGACGAGGCUCACCAUUCUAGCGCGACAUCGUAUUUGCGAGUGCUGGGUCACUUUAAUGCUUUACUCAAUGAUGAAACGCUCCCAAUCAAGAACAAAGAUGGAACGAGAUCAGAUAUCUUGGUUUGGGGAUGUACUGGUACACUUCAAAGAAGUGAUGGUGUCGGUUUUGGCAAUGUCUAUGAACAAGUUUCUUAUUCUAGGACUUUGUUUCAAAUGUGGGAAGAAAAAUGGCUCGCUCCUAUUAACGCUUACUCAAUCCACACUGAUGCAGAUCUAUCCAAAGUCGCUAAAAAUCAGUUUGAUUUUGUCGUAUCUCAACUUGUUAAGCAAAUAAAUACCCCCGAACGGAAUAAUACCAUUGUUAAAGCAUGGUUGAAUCAUAAAGAUAACUUCAAAUCGACAUUGGUAUUUUCUGCUAAUCGGCAGCAUGCAAAAGAUCUUACUGAGGCGUUUCGGUUAUCGGGAAAAGAGGCUCAUCUAGUGGACGGCCAGACACCUUCAGAUGAUAGAGCUGAAUUAGUAAGCAAUUUUAAGGAACAAAAAUUUCCAGUCAUGAUAAACUGUGGAGUGUUUACAGAAGGAACUGAUAUACCUUGCAUUGAUUGCAUAAUUCUAGCACGUCCUACGCGAAGUUCAACACUCUUUCAGCAGAUGGUUGGCCGUGGCCUUCGAACAUUUCCUGACAAGGAAUACUGCACAGUCUUUGACUGUUUUGAUAACUUUUCGGGUUGCGAUAUAGUAACACUACCUUCUCUAGUAGGAUUGCCGCCAAAUUUUAACUGCGAAGGGCAAGAUCUCGUAAAAGUUCACCAUGAAAUGCAGAGUCUGAGUGAAAAUAAUACUGAUUGCUACCAUGCCUCAUCCUUAAGUGAAGCUCGCGAAAUGUCCAAAGAAAGCGUAAUGGGUCAUUCGAUUGACUAUCCGACUAACAGUGAAAUUGACCCAGCCAUGUGGAAUCACACCAAUUCUUCUGAACCUAAAAUAUCACCGAUAUUAUUUGAUAAUAAAGAGAUUAAUAAAGUUCAUUAUACGAUGUGGCGGAAAUUCUACAUGCAAAUUAGAAAAGAUUCUGUUUGGGGUCUAUCCCUCAACAAAAACAGCAUUUAUGUUCUAAAGAAUGGGGCAGGAAACUUUGAUGUUUUUGUACAUAUCGUGGACCGGAGCUCGUGUAAAUUUUCCGUAUUAGCAAAUCAUGAAUCUAGUAGAUCUGUGGAAAACUAUUAUCAUGUCAUGACAAGUGCCUCUGCGUCCACCGCAUUAAAGUGUGGAAUUGUCACAGGGGAGCGAUUAGUCGGCAGGACUAGAAUGAUGCUAUCAAGCCCCAACGCAAGCUGGAGAUCGCAACCCGCGACAUACGCCCAGGUCAAACUAAUCAAGCGGUUGUCUUUAGGGCUAUGGAAAGGGUCAGAUCAACAGUUGACUAAAGGUAAAGCGGCAGCUAUAAUGAACGGAUUUUUCCUGCGAAAAUCUUUUAACAGAUUGGAAACAUUACUCCAGAGGUACUUUGACGAAAUUUCUAACUAUGCAUAUAACAAUGGCUGA